AUUCAGGACUGGGUUCUGAGGGAUCAGGGGCAAGAAAUGGAGGACCAUUAUACUUCGUUGCAAUCGCAAAAUCCUCAACGGCCUCUCCAAAGCGCUGCUAUCUGCUCCUAUACGGAAGGUUGCUUGAAGUGACAGUGUCUCUGCUCUGGUGAUAUCAUUCUGAACAUUCCUGAAAAGACCAUGACGGAAACUGGCAGCGACAAGGAGGAGGGUACUGCGUGUGGGAUGGAGUACGAAGGAGCUUUGGCCACCCUGGAGGGAAUGUUUGGUCAGCUGUGGAAGCGAGGCACCAUAGUGAAAGCACUUCAGCGUCAUGAUGGAGAUUUGGAGAGCACGGCCCAUUUCCUUCUUGCACACAAUGACCUGCAAGCCGAGACGCUAAUCUAUCAAUUGAGGCAAGAAGUGCAGAAAAAGAGGUCUGCAACGCCGGACAUUGUUGAAUUUGAAACAACCCAAGAGGAAUGCGACAGCAAACAGGUAUCUCCCACCACUGAUGCUGCCUCCGAAGAAGGAGCACUGAAGUUGCCACCAAUCUCUUACGAUGAACUACCCCCAGCUAUGGCUCGCUCAGCUUGUCGUCCGUGGGCCAAUGCUGCUGAGCAGGGCUGCGAGACGGACGUUGUGACUUUGGCCGACAAUAACCACGCGACCGACUAUGACGACGCAGACGAUUUGUUGCUGCGCAAGGUUGUUGCGCCCAGAGCAGAAGCCGCUGCCGCUGACAUCCAGGCAAGGCCAUACCGCCGCUUGAAUUUCUUCUCCCGUGCCACAGCACCUGGCGGGGGGAAAUUAGCAAACUCGGAUUGCAAAAAGGAAGAUUCCAUAGGGCGACAAUACGCAGCCUCGCGCAACCCCAGUUUCCUGCCUUAUCCAGGUUCAAAGAGGCGGCCAUUGGGAUCUUACAUGUUGUCAGAUACAAUUGCCGAGACCGAAAGGUCGAUCACUGAAACGGAAACAACCACCGACGGCAACAUGGCUCGGAUAGCUGUUUGUUCAAACAUUGAACAAAGAGCAGCAACGGACGGUGACAUGUCAAUCCCAGAUCCAGGGACAGAGUGGGAAGGACUUGUGACUCGGUCUCCUUGGCGUUACAAAGACGAUCUGCACCUCUUUGUGGAGGAUUCUUUCCUUGACUGUUUGUUCACAUAUGUCAUCGACCCAAUCGUCGUCAGAACAAUCCAUUCGGAACGUGUACUCACCGAGUGGCUGGGGCGUGGCUUUGGUCGUCUUGUACACUGGUGUUUUGUGGAGAUUCCGGCGGCUCUGGCCUAUGCAACCUUCUGUGCGCUUUUGGCCAUUACGAUCUCUGUCAGUUGGCCAACCUUCCGCGUUUGGGACUCUUUUGUUUUGAAUGCAGACGCAUCCGGUUGCCGCGAACGCGUCGGGUUUGUGGCUGCCGUGGGAUUCAUUUUAUUGGCUUCCCCACUGUUUGCCUUUUACUUUUGGCUCGCUUGGAACGCCAACUAUUUCCACCAGCGCAAACAUAAACGUCAACUUCAGACAGCGCGAAUAAAUCAAGAGGCAGAGUCACAUCCCCAAUUGAUGUCACUGUUUGUGGAGGAUGCGUUCAAGGAAUGGGUUUGGGGCUUGGCUGAGAAACUUGCCCUCGGCAUUGUUGCACUAGAAGACAAGUUCAGCCAGAAGCUGGGACGGUAUCUUGGUGCUUGCUCUUGUCGCCUACUCGUGGAGAUGCCUCUGAUUGUGACUCUCUGUGUUUUGUGGCUACUGACGGGGCCAUUUGUCGCUCUGUGGCUGGUCUUUGCUGCGUUGGAGGAUGUCUUUUGGAACGAAGAGGUGUCAGUGUGUCUGGAUUGGAUAUGGAAGCCGAUCGUCUUUGGUGUUAAACUGGUAUUGUGGCUAUGUCUGUUUCCGCUGGUCUUCAUCGGUCUUCUGGCUGGAGGGUUGCGCGUGUACUUUGUUCGCCGACGAGAAUACGGAGAAAUGUUGUUGAGGAACUCUGCACAAAAACCAGACAUCGAAACCGGGAGGGAGGAGGAAGACGAGCCAAAGCUUUCGGAGGUUGUCAAGGUCGCUUUCUACGAUUCGUCAGGAGAUUCUUUCCGAAGUUGGCUGAAGGGAACCCGAGUUGUGGAGGAAGCAUUCAUCAGAAAGCUUGGGUGCCUUUUCGGCGCGUUUUUGUAUUUGCUGUUGAUAGAGAUCCCAGUCCUUGUGGCGUACUUGACUUGCGCGGUUGUGCUAUUGCCUUUUGCACUCGUUUGGCUCAUUUUCAAGCUAUGGGAGGAUAUCUUGUUAGAGCCAGAGAGGCCGGGUUGUCGAACUUGGGUUAUCAGGGUCCUAGGCUUCGUGGCUCUCCUUCUCUUCAACUGUUUGGUGGUGUUGCCUGUUGGCUUCUUGAUUCACCUUGGCACGUACUUUUUUGAGCGAAGAAGGAAUCGACGCGAACCAAGGCAAGCCGCCGUGUUCGAAAUGCCGGAAAUGGAUAUCCAAACUGCAUGGACGGUAGUGGGAUGAACGGAUACGUAAUCAAUACUAUUAUUGAGCACCGAUCUGACCAUCUAGCUAUGUAGGUUACAUUCAAGCCUCCGGAUCGUUGUGGUGAAAUGCCCGGCUGCGCAUGGCAAUCUUUCGGCUACACUCGAGAUGAAAUCCUGCGGUCUUCUUGGUCUUACAAGGGGACGUCACGUCAUGGAUUGAAUAAUCUUCCCUCUGAUUACCCUUGGCGAAAAUGAAUGGCGCGUUCUUGGGUAGCUUGACUGAUUUAUACAUAGCCUAGUGCCGAGAUUGACGGUUGACAGUCGCAGUAGCAGUCGCACUGCACGAACAGAAAAACGGAAUAGCAGGUUGUUGCAUAGUCUGCUUCUGAUCGAUUUCCUUUCUUCUUGGCUAUUACAUCAAACCCACUCGUUUGGCAGCUCGUAAUUGCAGUUGGGCAAUCCCUGCUUGCAGCAUGGCAUUGUUGUAUCCAUGUUCAUCGGUAGGAUUGAGAUGGCAUAUUUGCUGCAGCAACGCCGUGGCCAAAACCAACCAUGCCGCGUAGGGUAGCAGUGCCAAGAAUGCCAGCUGGUCCAACAAGGCCACAGCCCACAAAAUGGGAAUUAUACUAGAAAGCAACAAAAAGCUCACCAGCAAUCCGGCACGCAAACGUUGCAUACCAAACACCAAUUCGGUGGCGACCAGCGUCAGCAUGGAGUGCCAUAUCCACGUCAUGGGGAGUAUCAGGUAGGGGACCGAAGAGAGACUGGCCAAUCGCCACAAAGCCACGCCUAAACUACCGUAGCAAAUGCCGACGGCGUGGGUCAGCCAACCAAUUGAUGGCAUCCACCUUGGCAAGGAAAUUUCGUGGAACCAAGUCUGGAGGGCAUAGGAGAUAUCGUGCAUUGGUAGAAAGGCUACCAUGGUGUCAUCACUCAAGCCACCCGUCAUGAAAAAGAGGGCGCUCGUUGGAGGAUGAAGUUGAACAAUGGUGGUGACACGCCAAUUCUUGCCCGAUUGGCUCAAGGGCCUAAACGUUUGUGGCGCAAAGGCGACUGCUCUGGGCACCGCCAGCACUACCAAUAGCAAGGCAAGCAUCUGCAGCCAGUACAAGCAACGCCGCAGUUGUCGGGGACUAUUCACUUGCUUCAUUGUCUCUUCUUCUUUUGUUGUUGUUGCCAAUACCGUAUGGGUUCGGAAUUUAUUGUGAUUGGUCGAAAAGCUUUCGGGUUGUGGGGUUGAGCUUCGUGUUUUGAUGAAGAUCCUCACCUUAUCCCUAAUUUUUUCCCGCCUAACGGCCGUUGGUUCCGCUCUCCCUCCGGCCUCCUUGUCAACGAUCCCGGUGGUACUGGUACCAGGUACCGGUACAGUUACGGUAGUUGAAGUAAAGUCACAUGUUUCUCGUAAAAUAUAUAUAAUAUAUGGCUUUACCGCGUCUACCUAAU